AUGGAGGAUUCAGAAACGAAAGUACCGUUGGCAUGUCGAAUUGCGAGUUUAGUCCAUGCGCAUUUUGAUGGCUUGCCUGCUCGAAGUAAGCCUAGUGUUCGGUCUGAUGGGACGAGGGAAUGGAUUCCUAUGUCGGGGAUUGUGAUUGUGAAGGGGGAAGAUACACCUGAUGAGAAAUUGACUUGUGUGGCUGUUACAUCCGGGGCAAAAUGUCUCUCAGCAUCUCAAGUCCCCAAAAGCAAAGGAUUAGUCCUCCAUGACUGGCACGCUGAGAUCCUCGCGCUUCGCGCAUUUAAUCACUGGCUGUUAUCCGAGUGUCGGAGUUUUAUUGCUCAGGAACGAAGUCAGAGGUCCUCAUUUGAGAAUGAUAUAUCUGAUGAGAAGAAAGAGAAAGAGAAAGAGCAAUUUUCUCCAUAUAUCCGACGACGACAAGGUCCCGAGGACUCAACGGCAACUCUACCGCCGUUUGAACUCAACCCGGAAUUGAAAAUUUACAUGUACUGCACCUGUGCGCCCUGCGGAGACGCAAGCAUGGAACUCUGCAUGGCGGCUCAGGAGGACCCGACGCCGUGGGAAGUUCCCACGACGACAGCAGACAGUGAGGAUGGGGAACUUCUAGACGGCAGGGCGCAUUUCUCGCGACUGGGGAUCGUGCGGCGGAAGCCGUCUCGUGCGGAUGCCGAAGCUACGCGGAGUAAGUCGUGUUCGGAUAAGUUGGCCCUGAGGCAGGUUUCGUCGCUGCUGUCGUUUGAGAGUAGUUUGCUUGUGGCCACGACGGGGAAUGCCUAUCUCGAGGGGGUUAUUAUGCCUGAGGGGGAGAUUAGUCGGGUUGGAUGUGAGAGGUGCUUUGGGGAGGAUGGACGAAUGAGUGAGCUCAAGGGGAGGGUUUGGUCCCCCGCGGAUGAGAAAGCAGUCGAAGAGCGAGGAUAUGGAUGGCGGUUUCGACCAUUUAGGAUCCUGUCGGUGCCUACUGGGCUCGUUGAGGAGCUUUGGGCGUUCGGAAAGUCGGAUCCAAUGGGGGCAUCUGCGUCGAGGAAGAGUAAACCUGCUGUUAUUUCGGCUGUUUGGGCGGCGGCUUCAUCUGUGGCGGUUCCUAGUGUGGUGGAUAAUGGUGCCAAGUCGUUGCCUAAAUUACGUGGUUCUCGGACGGGUUUGUAUGAGACCAUUAUCAAUGGAGUGAAACAGGGGAAUCGGGCGUCGGAGCCUGUGGCACGGGGCGCUUCUGCGUUGUCAAGGGCGAGGCUAUGGGGCCUAUCUAAGGAGAUUGUGCAAUCUUGCGUGGAUGAUCAUGACCAAGAAUCUGGCGUCGAGAUCGGUGUGGAAGAAGGGCAGUUGUCCCUGGGAUUGGAUGAGACGAGGCGGAUUGCUGAGGCCCCGACAUAUCGGGAAUUCAAGAAAGAGCCUACGGUUCUGACCGAGUCACUCGAAGCACGCAGAAGUGCGAUACGAGAAGCUAGACGAGUGUUGAGUGGAUGGGUCCCUAAUCCAGGGGACGAGAAUUGGGGAUUGGAGGUGCUGAUUGAUCCCAAGAAGCGGAAGCGUUGAUCCAAUGCAUGGAAUUUAUAGCAAUGAAUAUCAUGACCAUAGCUCUAGUUGAUGUAUGUAUUAAAAAAGUAAUAGUUAUGAAUACAUAGAACGAAAU